CUCUUCCUUUCUUCUUUUUUCCUCGUUGACCUCCGCCGGCGCCGCCGUCUCCCUCAGAUCUAACGACGGGGGAGCUUCCCCUUCGUUUUAGACUGGGGGUUCUCAGGACGACGGUUGAUCGAUGACCUCAGGAUCUUUCUCUAGGUUAAACCCGCCUCUGAAAUCCGCCGCUGGUUUAGCAGAAGAAACGAUGGGAAUCGAGCAGCACCUGGGAGAAACUGCUCUCCAAGAUACAAAAGCUCCAUGGACUAUGCCUAAUCCAACCAUGCCAUUCUCAAAAUCGCGAUGGGAUCUCGUUUUAUCUGGACAGAAAACAAGGCGGCGAAGAGCGAAAGGCUGAUGGUGGGCUUCUUUUUUUCGAUGAAAUUCUCCAUUUCCGGCCAAAUUUUUUAUUCAAUCCCUUUAAAUUUUCGCCUCCAACCUCAAAAUCUUCAGUAGAAUGCCUCUCUGCACCAGUUUACAGUGGUGGUACCACACCACUCUGUAAUCGAGUCAGUGUUUGAUUGUUGCUUCUCCACGGAAGUGUUGGAAGAAGAAGCAUAUAAGGUCUACUUGGAUGGCAUUGUAGCACAGUUACAGAACCACUUUUCUGAUGCUUCUUUCAUGGGUUUCAACUUCAGAGAAGGUGAUAGGCAAAGCCAAAUUUCUAAUAUAUUGACUCAGUAUGACAUGACAGUUUUGGAUUAUCCUGGGCAUUAUGAGGGAUGUCCUUUAUUGUCAUUGGAGAUGAUCUUCCUUCGAUCAAGUGAAAGCUGGUUGUCACUGGAUGGUCAACAGAAUGUGGUACUGAUGCACUGUGAAAGAGGAGGCUGGCCUGUUCUUGCAUUCAUGCUAGCUGGUCUUCUGUUGUACAGGAAACAAUACAGUGGGGAGCAGAAGACUCUUGAAAUGGUCUACAAGCAAGCUCCUAAGGAACUUCUCCAUCUUUUGUCUCCUUUAAACCCUCAACCUUCCCACCUGAGAUAUCUUCAAUACAUUUCCAGGAGAAAUUUGGAUUCUGAUUGGCCUCCAUCUGAUACACCUCUGGUUUUGGAUUGUUUAAUAAUUAGAGUUAUACCUCUCUUUGAUGGGGGAAAAGGAUGCAGGCAUGUUGUGCAUGUCUAUGGUCAAGACCCCUCAGCUCCGGCCAACAGAACUUUGAAGCUUUUAUUUUCGACUCCAAUCAAUAAGAAACAUAUCCGCAGCUACUUACAGGCAGAGUGUAUGCUGGUGAAAGUUGACAUUCGUUGCCGCGUGCAAGGGAAUGUGGUUGUUGAAUGCAUCCAUUUGGAUGAAGAUUUAGUAGGUGAGGAGAUGGUAUUUAGAUUUAUGUUUCACACAGCAUUUGUUAGAUCAAACAUUAUGAUGCUGAGCUGUGAUGAAGUUGAUGUUGCAUGGGAUGCAAGGGACCAGUUCUCUAAGGACUUCAGAGUUGAGGCACUCUUUUUGGAUGCUGAUGCUGUUGUCCCCAAUCUCGCCACAGCCCUUGACGAUGAAGAUGAAUAUGAAACAGGAGCUGCUUCUUUUGAAGAGUUUAUUGAGGUUGAAGAGAUCUUCAACAAUGUAAUGGAUGGGCAGGAAGCCAAAGGGUCCAAUGAUCCUCCUGCAUUCCAAGAUUGUGCAUCUGCCGAUGGAAAUUUUAAGCAUGAUAAGAAAUCCGAUUUUGAUUCAGUGAAGGACAUUACUGUGGAUGAUGUGAAAUACAAACUGGAUGAAAAUAUAUACUCUGAGCUUAAUGCAGUUAAGAACACUGUUGUGGAAGAGGACAUGGAUCCUCCAUUCAGUAGACAACCACCACCAUGGCUGCAAAUCUAUUCGUCCGUUUCUACUGUAAUGGUGGCUGGUUCUAUUCCACCUCCACCACCCCCACCUCCACCAAUGGUGCAUAAGGCAUUUCCCUCACCAUCUCUAGUGAGAGGAACACCACCUCCACCUCCUUCAAAGCAUGGAGUACCACCUCCGCCACCACCUCCAAAAGAGUGCUUGUAUUUUGGUCAAUUGAAACACCAAAAAAGAACAUCCAUAAGUCAAAAGUACAAACUAUAAACUCAUAUCUUCGAAGCUAUGAAUUCGAAUCUACCCAUCUAGGAUAUCAAAUCUCUUCCGAAUUUUUUGAUGUUGAAAGUGAUAUAGGGUAAUUUAGUUGUUUCAUGAAAUUAGGUUGUGUGUGCAAAAGCCAAACAUUUGGAAAUCUGCAAAAAUGCAUUGUGGGUAGAAUUCUCUGAGAAAGACAGAGAUUAUCUCAUAUCCAAUUUGGUGACUUGGGUUUCAGUGAAUCAUUUUAAAGAGUUCAGGAUUCAUUAAGUUAGAGGGUCAAAGCCAGGACCAGAACCAUUGGCUAUGAACAGUGAUUCUUCAUCUUCUCCAUUGUCUAGUUUUAUCAUCUCUCCUCUCCAAUAUUUACAUGAUGUGUCUGGACUGAAUAUUUUGUUGCAGACAAGGAACUUUACAUAAUUGAAAUGGCUGUUUAUGGAGAUGUAAUCCAGUCAGAGAACCAGUGUCGUUAUAGAACAGUUUCAGAAAUUAUGUGGCUAUAUAAAUCAAAGGACCACCUCGCCCCUGCAAGUUGCCAUAAUGAAGAUUCUUUGCAACAAAAAGAAGAGUUGAAAGUGUAGCAAGUUUUCCCAUAUGUAAUAGCUCUAUAAUUUGUAAUGCAAUGACUUGAUUGCAUACAAUGUCACAUGUUUGAAAUAUGGAUGAAUCUAAUUAAUUUGAAAGACUUAAAUAAUUGUAGAAUUAUCUAAACUACUCUGCAAUUUUUUUUAAUUUUAUUGCUGGUUUGUGGUUC